ACCAGACUCUCAGCUGACAGGAACGAAGAGUAGGCCUGAACGAAAAUCUAAAAAUAGAAACUAUUUAAUACAGUUUUUACUUUAUUUUACGAAGAAAACCCAGCUCUGACGUACGGUUUUGACGUAAGGUAUGACCGCGGACAGACAGGAGCAAGAAGACGAACUGCUCGCUCUCCACAGUAUUUUUGAUUCGGACGAAUUUUUCCGGAAUGAGUCGAAGUUUGCCGGAGAAAUCCGAGCGUCUGUUGAGCUGCCUGCUGACUUCACUGUGGUUCUAAAAGAAGGUGAAACUCAGAGGCAGUAUGAGAUAUCUUCCCUCCCUCCUCUGUAUCUGACCUUUGAACUCCCCGAGGACUAUCCAGCCUCCUCCCCUCCCUCCUUCACCCUCACCUGCAGCUGGAUGACACACUCACAGCUCUCUGCACUGACUGCUCAGCUCACUGAUCUCUAUCAGGCCACUGGGGGCGCUGUGGUGCUCUUCACAUGGAUACAGUUUCUGAAAGAGGAUGCCCUCAAGUUCCUGGACAUCCACUCUCUGCUGGAGCUCCCAUCAGAUGAGCAAAACAAUGAGUCAGAUGUCUCUGCAUCGUCCUCAGGAGCUGAGCAUCUGGCUGGGGAUCUUGGCAAACACAGAGAUUCUCUGAUAUUGGGUGAGACAAAUGAAGAUGCUCAGGAAGCUGAAGCUUUGGACCAAAAUAAUUCAACCUCCCAUGACAGCAAACUCAGCCAGAAUGAGCUAAACUCAGACUCUGAUGAGGAGACUCCUCCAACAGAUUCUCCCCAAAUUUCCUCAGAUGAGAGGGAGGCUGACCAGACGCUUGAACCCUCAGAAUUGAAGUCUGUCUCAGAGUAUGAUUCCUCUGCUCAGUCUGAUCUAAUUAACCAGGAAGAAGUUUCUAAUGGAGCCUCAUUUUUACGCUCCUCUAGCUCCCCACAUCUGCUGGAUCAAAGUGAAUCUGCCUCUCUGCCAGUUAGACCUAAAGAAGUCCCUCAAACUAAAUACCAAACCCCGUCUGGUCUCUCUCUCACUCUGUCUCAAGCCCUCUUGUCUCAGCUCUUGAUCCACAACGCAGCUCAGAAACAGAAAGAGUUCAACACCACUGUGUUUGACUGUGAUAUUUGUUUUGAUGGCUGGCUUGGCUCAGAGUGCGUUCAGCUGCUUGAAUGUGGUCACAUCUUCUGUCGGGGUUGUCUCGGCAAGUUCUGUAAGCUCCAGAUCACAGAGGGGAAUGUCCGAGGUGUCACCUGUCCUAAUGCAGACUGCCCUGUCACCCCUACGCCUGUACAGGUGAGGAGUUUGGUCGGGGAGGAGCUGUUCAGGCGCUAUGAUCGUCUCCUGCUUCAGAUGAGUCUGGACUGCAUGCCUGAUGUGGUGUAUUGUCCUCGACCUACCUGUGCUGCAGCUGUCAUUCUAGAUAAGUCCAGCAGGGCUGCAAUGUGCUCUGUUUGCAACUUUGCCUUCUGUGUGGCCUGCAAAAAAACCUAUCAUGGGACAGAGGACUGUCAGAAGAAGAUCAACAUAGUUAAAAAGAUGAGAGAAGAGCGCCCUGAAGCACCUCUGCCACAGUCAAAAAAGGGGAUCAAGGCUUUAUGGGACGACUAUUCUAAAGGCAGUAAGGCAAGGAAGAAGCUCCUGGAGAGCAGAUACGGCCGCAAUAAUUUGCUUUUUACUGUGGAGGAUUAUCUGAGUGAGGACUGGAUUGUUGACAACAGCAAGAACUGUCCUCACUGCUUCUGCAGAAUUGAGAAAAACGGUGGAUGUAACAUGAUGAUGUGCACCCAGUGCAGACAGCCGUUCUGCUGGGCCUGCCUCGGCGGACCACCAAAAAGUGGUGCAACCCCACGCUUCAGUCACAACUGCAUAUACUCUUCCAACCAAUGACAGACCCUCUGCUGCUAUUUCAACCCCUAAUAAAGUUUAAAUGGAAUUUAGAGAGAAUAUGAUAUGUAAUACACAGCAGCAGAUUAGACCAUGGUGUGGAGACAACCGUUAGGACUCUUGGGUCAGUCCGUCCUGGGCCCAGUCAAACCUGAUAGUGGCCCAUAAUUACAAUUCCUACAACAAAUAUGCUGGAGUGAUAAAUCUUGACAUGCUCAAUAAGAUUAUCUCUAUGCAUAUAUGAAGAUGAAUCCUGUUUUAGUGUUUUAUGAUUUGCUUUUAGUUAUUGUUUUAUUGUUCUUAAAUUGUUUUUUAAAAACAAUGAAACAAUUAUUUUAGUGUUUAUAUGUAUUCAUUGUUUUAAUUGUUUUAUUCCUGCAUUGUUUUGUCUACUUAUGUACAGCACUUUGUUUCAGCUGUGGUUGUUUUAAAGUGCUUUAUAAAUAAAGUUGAGUUGAGUUGAGUUGAAUGUGAUCACUCUAUCAAGUCAGGUUUUCAG